AUGGCUGCCACUAGACGUUGCGCGCGCCUGCUCGCGUCGUUCCUCCCCGCGCCUUCCCACGCGGCAUGCCUGCCGCACCGUGCCGCAAAUCUCUCUUCCGCCAGGCCUACAUGUUUAACGGCCGUCGCGACGCUGUCGGAGAGAGCAACGGCAGAGUCACCGCCAUGCGCGCCGGCGCUUCUCGGCGUCCCCACCGCACGCACUUCCCGCCAUCUCGCGUCCCCCCCUUCCGCCCUGACCCCUGCAGCGUCGCGGUUCCGCGUCGAGUCUUUUGCAGUCGCGGAUCUGCUCGGCGCAAUCCAAGCGCGUGCGCCCGCCUUCUCCUCCGCCAGCCAGCGCAUCGACUCCUCUCCGCCGCAGCAUCUGCCGGCUGACCCCGCUAGUGCCACCCCGGCGGAAGGAUCGGACGGCGCACGCAGCGCUCCGCUUGCCGCUUGCGAAAGUGGCGACGAGGAGGACGACCCGAUUUUAGCGCGGCGUGAGGCGGAUCUCGCGCCGGACAGAGCGCGGAGCGCGCCUGAAGAGGAUCCGAUACCGUCCGACGCAGAUGGCGGCGGGGAAGCGGCGAGCGCCGUGAGUGGCGGGCGUAGGCAGCGUCCCCCACCUGAGUUGAUUGGCAACUUUUCUCGGCUGCAGCAGUUGCAUACUCUGCUGCCCUACGUCCCUAUUUCCAACCCUAAGCUCAAUCCAACCAUCUACGAGGGCGUGCUAGUGGAGCUGCUCGUCUCCCCGCACUCCUCCUACAACCGCCAGCUGCCUCCCACACUAGCCCGCUGGCCGCCAGCUCUCUACAACCUGGGGGCCGUCAUUGCUGUUGCGGAGAAGCGCCUGCUGCAGCAGGGCACUGCCAUACAGCUGCAGCUCCUGGCGGGUCUCUAUGUGCGCAACAGGGACUUCAUCGAGGCUCUGGACGUCUAUUUGCGGAUUCUGGUGGCGCAGCACAGGGCACACCACACUGAUUCCAGCGCUGCUACUCAGCUAACGGAUUUCGAUGGACACAUUGGUGAACAUGCUCAGGCGCUUGCUGCUGCUGACGUGGAUGGGGGUUUCCAAGGGCGUGUGACAAGCCAUGCUGACGUGGAUGGAGAACAGUUGCAUUCACCAGUGAAAGCACCUGUUAAUGGCAGGAUAGCAGGCAAAGACGCGGCAGGCAGAGAGACAGCUCACAAACACAGCAUCCAUACAAGGGCUGCCGGUCCAUCCUCGGUAGACCACCGCCGAUACCCAGUGCAAGAAUCCAAUCUCUCAUUCCCUAGCGAGUCAAUAACAAGUGCAAAAUGGCCGGGACCUGAUGUUUUUGAGUUUAUUCGUGAGCACAGGCUCGUGCGCCACCUCCUCUCUCCCGCCCCGGACCACCAUCACCGCCUCCCCUCCCUCUUCCUCAUCCACCCGCACCGUGCCGCCGCCCUCCUCGCCGACCACAUUGCUGUCGUGCCGCCCGAAACCGUCGUCCGCCAGCUGCUGGACGUCGACUCGCCGCCCAUGCUUGGGCCGCCCGAGCCGGCCGCUGCGCGCCAGCUGUCGCCGCGUGGUUCGGCGGCAGCGCUGGUGGAUGGAACAGUGCAUGAGGGUGGAGAUGGAGGGAGUGAAGCGCUGCUGACGGGGAGAGAGAGGCGGAUGGCGCUUCACUGCUACCUGCGUGAGGUGUUUGAGCGAAUGCCAGAGGUGGCAUCAGCGUUUCAUCCCAUGCAGGUUGAGUUGUAUGCAGACUUCGACUGCCGCCUGCUGCUGCCCUUCCUGCAGUCAUCCGACCACUACCCCCUGCAAGACGCUCUGAACCUGUGCGUGCAACGGGGCCUGGUGGAGGAGCAGGUGUUUCUGCUCACCCGCAUGGGGGAUUACAAAGAAGCGCUAUCACUCCUGCUAGACCGACUCAAGGAUGUCAACCGGGCAAUAAUACUGGCCAGAGAGGUGAAAGAACAGUACGUGUGGAAUUUCCUCCUGAAACGAUCUGCUACAAACCCGCGCUUGGUGGCAGCGCUCAUGGAGCAAGCCACGGACAUUUUCUCUCCCAAGCAGCUGCUUGCUGGAGUCUCGCCAAACACUUACCUAAAAGAGUUGCGGCAGCAUCUGCUGGCAGUACUGGCAGCGUCAGCAACAGAGGUGUCUCUCCGCCAGGGCUGCAUUGCCCUCUUGCAAUCCGAGUGCAUCGACCUCCUCUUCCUCUUCAUCCUCCAAUCGCAAUUCGCCGCCCGCUUCUCCUCCACCUCCGCUGCACCACGCCACCUUCCCCUUCUCCCCCUACCAUCUUCCACUGCAACAGCAACAAGCACGCUGAUUUCUCCAUAUACUUCUUCUCAGGCCACCUCUGGGUUGUUUUGUGGUGGAGUAGCUGGGACGUCACUUCUCAGCCUGUAUUCCCGCAAGCCGUUUCGAAGGAAGGCGUUUAUGGGAGAAACUGCUGGCAGGGGUAUCGAAGGUGGUGGGAGCGAUUUGGUGGGGAGGGCAGGACAGGAGGAGGGCAAGACGGGGAGUGAGGAGAGGGAGGAGACGGAGAGGAGGAGGAAGGAGAAAGAAGAGGCGAGAGCUGUGGCUCUGGCGUUUCGACAGCUGGAAAUGGGGGAAGCUUGUGAUCAUGGAAGGAUAAAGGAGAGAGGAGGCGUGGAGAGAGCCGUGAGAAGGGGAGGAGGAGGGGGGAGAUUGAAUGGGCUGCAAGGAGCUGUUGGUUCUGACAGUUUUCUUCCCUCUAUAUCUCAAGCAGAGGAAGAGGAAGAGGAUGAGGAUGAGGACGAGGAUGAGGAGAGAGAUAGUGAUGGGGAGGAAGAGGAGGAUGAGGUUAUGUGGAGUGAGCAGUGGUCGUCUGCCCUACUCUUCCCUGCAUCUGGAGGGCUGAAAAUAACAACAAUUGCUGUUGAAGCUGGUGAGGGUUACAGGGAUGAUAUCAGAACAGGUGGUAACAAGGUUGAUGUUGGAAAAAAGGGGGCGGGGGAGAGAGGGAGAGGAGGGCUGCUUAGAGCCUGGAGUGAGGUAUUUGAAGGGGAGAGUGGGGGGAGUGUGGCGAUGGAGGGGUUGAGACGGGCAGGAAGUGAAGUGCGAAGAGGGAGGGAGGAAGGUGUGGGUGAGGGUGAUGUGCGGAGAGGGGAAGUAGGGCUGUUGGAGGGAAGGCAAGGGGGCAGGAAGGGGAACUACAAGUGGAAGAGGAGGGAGGUUGAAGAGCAGGAGCUUCUUGGUGGGGGUGCUCCCCGGUGCAGCUUGUGUCUGGAUGCGCUGCAUCUGCACCAGCAGGAGAUUGCUUGUUUUUUCUGCACGCAUGCGUACCACGUGCCAUGUUUGGAGGUGGCAUUGAAGCUGGGAGGAAUUGGGAGUUAUGCACCGCUGGACAAGGAUUUCGACCUAGACGACCUGGAGGUCAAAUUGGCGGAGCUGGAGGCGGAGUUACUGGAGAUAAAUGCCAACGCUGAGAAGCUUCUACGAAGCCGGAAUGAGCUGAAUGAAUUGCAGCUCGUCCUUGAAAAGAUGGAUGCUGCUGUCCACCAGAGGGAGUUUGAAGAAGCAAGCUCGGGCCGGGAAAUAACGUCUGACACUGCACUCUUAUUGGAGCAGGAAAUGGUCUCAGAACCUGGCAAGCAGAUGCGCCUUGGAUUCGUCACAGGGCUUGUCCCUAAGGUCAAGGCUGCAACAUUUGAGAGGAUUUUGUUUCGAGCAACUCGUGGAAACAUGUACCUUAAGCAGGAGGAGCUUGACGAGCCAGUAGUGGAUCCUGCAACAGGAGAAGAAGUGGAGAAGGUGGUCUUCGUUGUUUUCUUUGCCGGUGAGCGAGCUCGGACCAAGAUCAUGAAAAUCUGUGAGGCAUUUGGUGCAAAUCGUUACCCGUUUCCAGAGGACCCACAGAAACAGAGGCAAAUGCAUUCUGAGGUGAUUGCACGGUUAUCAGAGUUGCAGACCACCAUUGAUGCAGGCAACAGACACAGAGAUAGUUUGCUGAACAACAUAAGCUACCAGAUCGAAAACUGGGCAAGCCUGGUUCGGAGGGAAAAGGCUAUAUACCACAUAUUGAACCAGCUGUCCAUUGACGUCACUCGCAAGUGCCUUUUGGCUGAGGCAUGGUGCCCGGUGUAUGCGAAGUCAGAGAUUCAAGAUGCUCUUCAUCGUGCAGUGACCAUGAGCAAGGCAGAUGUGGGUACUAUCUUUCAGACGAUUCGGUCUGGCGAGUCCCCUCCGACAUACUUUAAGACCAACAAGUUCACUGGUGCUUUUCAAGGGAUCAUCGACGCCUACGGCAUGGCACGAUACCGGGAGGCCAACCCUGGGGUUUUCACCAUCAUCACCUUUCCAUUCCUCUUUGCUGUCAUGUUUGGUGACUGGGGUCAUGGCAUCCUGAUGCUCCUUGCAUCCCUUUGGCUUGUCAAGAACGAGAGGAAGUUGGGCUCCCAGAAACUUGGUGACAUUAUGGAGAUGGUGUAUGGAGGCCGCUACCUCAUCCUGCUUAUGUCUAUUUUCUCCAUCUACACUGGCUUCGUUUACAACGAGUUCUUUGCUGUCGCCUUCGAUUUUGCCAUAUUUGGUGGCUCGGCAUACACUUGUCGCACCCCAGACUGCGGUGAUGCAGCCUCUACUGGUUUGGUGAAGACAGGCAACACGUACCUUUUUGGAGUGGACCCUCGGUGGAAGGGCUCUCGCACAGAGCUUCCCUUCUUGAACUCUCUCAAGAUGAAGAUGAGCAUUGUGCUGGGAGUCACUCACAUGUUUCUGGGCCUUGCUCUCAGCCUCUGCAACGCCCUCUUCUUUGACCUGCCACUCAACAUUUGGUACGAGUUCAUCCCACAGGUCCUAUUCUUGGCUUCUUUGUUCGGCUAUCUCUCGCUGCUCAUAAUAGUCAAGUGGGUCACAGCCUCCCAAGCUGAUCUCUACCAUGUCAUGAUCUACAUGUUCCUCAACCCCACUGAGCCACUGGGAGAGAACGAGCUCUUUUGGGGGCAAGGAACACUCCAGAUCGUUUUGCUGCUUAUUGCUCUCAUCUCGGUUCCAUGGAUGCUUUUUCCAAAACCUCUGAUUCUACGUGCUGAGCACAUUAAGAAGCGUCAGGGGCGAGCGUAUGCAGCACUGAACUCAGACAAUGAACUGUAUGAGAUGGAGGCAUUGCACCCAGGAGAGGAGGGCCAAUUGCACCAUCAUCAUCAUGAGGAGGAGUUUGACUUCGGGGAGGUGAUGGUGCAUCAGAUGAUUCACACCAUUGAGUUUGUGCUGGGCGCCGUCUCCAACACGGCCUCCUACCUGCGUCUCUGGGCUCUCAGCUUGGCGCAUGCGGAGCUUUCGGCUGUCUUCUUUGAGCGAGUGCUGCUUCCAGCAUUUGAGUAA